AUGUUUGGAGGCUCCAACUCCAACUCCAACUCGAUAGAUUCAAACGUCGAUCCCAACCCCGCCUCUGACCGCACGUCUCCCUCCCCCAACGGCACUGCUCCCCAGCCCAUUGCCGUAGCUGCCACCAAGACGACCGACCAGCCAGCCAGUGGUGAGAAGCGCCACACCAAUGGGAGUCCGCCCACCAGGCAGGAUAACGGCGGCUCUACAGACAAGAAACGCCGAAGCAGCAGCGUGAGCAGCAAGGCCAGCAGUUUCCUCGCCUCAGCCCGAAGCUCGUUUGGCUUCUCUCCAAGCUCCCGCCAGAGCCCCGACAUGGCCUCUCCCAUUCAGAAACUCGCCAAGCAGGACCCGGCCCUGGCCGUCCCCCAGGGCCACCAAAACAACUCGGCCGGCGAUUCUGUCCCCGGCCCCAAGUCCACCUUUCGCGUCGGUGUCUGGGAAGACCGCAAUAGAAAAUGUCGCCGUACCAUGGAAGAUACCCAUGCUUUUCUUUACAAUUUUAUCGAUGCCCAAGCCGUUGACGCCACCACCACCGCCAAGUCGGACAAGUCCUCCACCGAUGCGUCAAGUACCGAAGUCGCCGAGUCUGACAAUGGAUAUUUUGCCAUCUUUGAUGGCCACGCCGGUACCUUUGCCGCCGACUGGUGCGGAAAGAAGCUCCACCUUGUUCUCCAAGAUAUUGUCAAGAAGAACCCCAAUGCCCCCCUACCCGAGCUUCUCGACCAGACAUUUACGAGUUGCGACGCCCAGCUAGAAAAGCUUCCUCUUAAAAACAGCGGAUGUACUGCUGCUAUUGCCGUAUUGCGUUGGGAGAAGCGCUCUGCCAGUGACCGCCAUCAUGUUGCCGUUCCCACCAUUGCCAUGCCCGCCGCCAAGAAUGGCAAGCUCGCCGAGCCCAACAGUGAUGUGGAAAAAGCCAAUUCGGCCGACAAGGAGGCCCCUACCCCGGGGCCGUCAAAACCUCAGCUGAACAAACAGCGCGUUCUAUACACUGCCAACGUCGGCGAUGCCCGCAUUAUUUUAUGUCGUAACGGCAAGGCUCUUCGCUUGUCAUACGACCACAAGGGCAGCGAUGAGAAUGAGGGUAAACGCAUUUCCAAUGCUGGUGGUUUAAUUUUGAAUAACCGCGUCAAUGGCGUCUUGGCCGUCACUCGCGCCCUCGGCGAUGCCUACAUGAAGGACCUUGUGACUGGGCAUCCCUACACCACCGAGACUGUCAUCCAACCCGAGCUCGACGAAUUUAUCAUUAUUGCUUGCGAUGGGCUCUGGGACGUAUGCGGCGAUCAAGAAGCCGUGGAUCUCGUCCGCAAUAUGCAGGACCCCACCGCCGCCUCCAAGCUCCUUGUCGAGCACGCCCUCAACCAUCUCAGCACCGACAACCUGUCCUGCAUGGUCGUCCGCCUCGACAAGGACGCGAUGCAGCAAGCUAGCAAGGGCGUCGCCGACGCCGCCACCGAGACGGCCGCUGGCAAGACGACUGCCGAGGCGGACAAGAUUGUCGCUGAGACGAAGCAGAAGAUCACCGACAGCUCAGGCACUAAUAGCGGCCGCGGAUACGACGGUACUGACGAAGACUUUGUGCCCACCACCCUGCACGAGCCCGUCGUCGAGGAGGACAUUGCCGUCGUCGACGGCGAGGACACCGAGGUAACGCGCGCUGGCGAGGACACGCCCGUACAAGAAAAGCCCGCCAAGGGCGGUACUGUACUCUAG